CUACUGCUAGACAAGGGCGCCUACGUCAACACGUCGGAUGACCACCAUAAUACCGCACUCUGUGUAGCUUCAGCUGGAGGUCACGAGGCAGUAGUGAAGCUACUGCUAGACAAGGGCGCCCACGUCAACACGUCGAAUAAAUACUAUAGCGACGCACUCUGUGUAGCUUCAGUUGGAGGCCACGAGGCAGUGGUGAAGCUACUACUAGAUAAAGGCGCUGACGUUUACGCAGGGGGUAGACCCUAUGAUAACGCACUCUACGCGGCUUCAGCUAGAGGCUACGAGGCGAUAGUAAAGCUGCUACUAGAUAAA